CCCGCCCUUCUCCGCUCACAGAAAAGUUUCACAUGGCUGAGGGCGCAAGCCAAAGAAAGACGGGAUACCGACAUUGUCUGAUUGUCACCCGCAGUAGCUUAACCGGGGAUGACUUCGACUUCCAAUAUAAAAACUUGGAGCGUGCUGAAGGUCGACAUGAGACGUGGUUGUGCUGGCACAGCUAUGAUGACUAUUUUGACGACUCGUUUGGAAUUGUCUCUAACGAUGACCACCAUGCAGAGGCAAACUUUAUUUCUCACAUGAAAACCUCGCCUGGUAAAGACUACAACAUUACAAUCUACAUCUCCUGGUCCCCCUGUUCUGACUGCUCAGAGCAGCUGGUGCAGUUCCUUCAGCAAAAUUCAAACAUUAAGCUUUUCAUCUACACGUCACGCCUCUACAACAUACAUGAUAAGAAAAACCAAGCUGGCCUGCGAUCACUGAGAGAUGCUGGGGUGGAGAUCGAAGUCAUGUAUAGGAACGAGUUUGAAUACUGCUGGGAACACUUUGUGAAUCAUCAGGGACUGGAGUUCCCGGGCUGGGACGACCUGGACAAAAACUGUAGCUUAACCAGGGAUGACUUCGUCGACCAAUAUGACAACUUGCGGCUUGCUAAAGGUCGACAUGAGACGUGGUUGUGCUGGCACAUCAACGAUGGACAUGAUAAAGACGGACAUGAUAAAGAUGGACAAGAUAAAGACCCGUUUGGAAUUUUCUCUAACGAUUACCUGCAUGCAGAGGAACACUUUAUUUCUCGCAUGAAAACCUUGCCUCGUGAAGACCACAAAAUUACAAUCUACAUCUCCUGGUCCCCCUGUUCUGCCUGCUCAGAGCAGCUGGUGCAGUUCCUUCAGCAAAAUUCAAACAUUAAGCUUUUCAUCUACACGUCACGCCUCUACUACAUAGAUAAUGAGGAAAACCAAGCUGGCCUGCGAUCACUGAGAGACGCUGGGGUGGAGAUCGAAGUCAUGCAUAGGAAAGCUUUUCUGUUUCUGUUGUUCGUCCUGGCGACAUCACCCUUUUUCAUCAUUCUGCUUCAUGUCAUGUUCACAGUUCUCAUGCCAAAGUUUGAAUACUGCUGGGAACACUUUGUGACUCAUCAGGGACUGGAGUUCCCGGGCUGGGACGACCUGGACGAAAACUCGCUAGAGACGGCUGAACUUCUUCAAGAAAUUUUGGAGGGAACAAACCAAUGAACUUGGCAGAUCGACAAAGAAAGAAGGAGAAAAGGGCAUCCAAUAUAUGUAAAUGUAUAUUAGGGUUGUACAUCUCUUUGUAAUAGACGAUUCGAUACACAUCUUUAAUACCAUAUUUCUUCAAAUAAGAACCAUUUGAUCAGAUUCGACGUAGUGAUUUAUUUUUUACAGCACAAAAGAAGAAAUCAUGACUUCCUGUGCACAGGCUUUUCAGUAGACCCAUAAUAAAUUCAUAGAAGAACCAAA